GCCCAGAUUUUAAAGGAGACCAACACCUGCCAAUUACUCCGAUAUGACUAUACGAGCUGUGUUUUUGAUAACCCCUCCUUGGAAGCAAAGAUCAGAAAGCCUGAGGUGAAGAGGGAAGUAAGAACAAAGCUCCUGUAGAGAGUAAGCAUGGAGCUUUUAGCACAAUUGACAAGAGUUUAUUCCAAAUUUUUCUGUUGGAACUGGACCUCUCUUAACAUUUUUAAGAAUGAAAAAUUCCUUUCAACUCUGGUGGAUUCCCAGUGAGUGGUGGUAAUGCCAGUCUUCUGGGGAUAAGGGUGAAACAUGGGAUAUGUCUGGCUUCGAUAAAUAUUUUCGUCAUGAGCAGAAAUUUUUGAAGUGGAGGAGGUACCUCCUAAUGUCAUUGACUUCAUGUUUGUUCUGGAACACAUUUGGCUUCAGUGCAGCUGUGGACUCUAAACCCAAUAUACUUCUGUUUCUGGCUGAUGAUCUUGGCAUUGGAGACAUAGGUUGUUAUGGGAACAAUUCCAUAAGGACCCCAAACAUUGACCGCUUGGCAAGAGAAGGAGUGAAGCUUACUCAACACAUUGCUGCAGCUUCGCUUUGCACUCCAAGCAGAGCAGCUUUCCUCACUGGCAGAUACCCCAUUAGAUCAGGGAUGGCAUCCAGCAACAGGUACCGAGCGCUGCAGUGGAACGCUGGGUCAGGAGGGCUCCCUGCUAAUGAGACAACAUUUGCCAGGCUGCUUCAGCAACAAGGCUAUACCACUGGACUGAUAGGAAAGUGGCAUCAAGGUGUAAACUGUGAAUCCUUCAAUGAUCACUGUCACCAUCCUCUCAAUCAUGGGUUUGACUACUUUUAUGGAAUGCCUUUAACACUUCGAAACAACUGUCAAAAAAAUAAACCUCCAGACCUGGAUGCAGCCCUUCAAGCUAAGCUUUGGCUUUACAGUCAGAUAAUUACCCUCGCUGUGCUCACUCUUACUGCUGGAAAACUGACUGGUUUGAUUUCCAUCUGCUGGAAGACAAUUGCCUGUGUUACUUUGGUGGGCAGCCUUUUCUUCAUUUCUUGGUAUUCCAGUUAUGGCUUUGUGCAGUAUUGGAACUGUAUCCUGAUGAGGAACCACGAUGUCACUGAGCAGCCAAUGAGGUUAGAGAGGACUGCUUUCCUCAUGCUGAAGGAGGCAAUAUCAUUUAUCAAAAGGCAAGGACCAUUCCUACUCUUUGUUUCCUUUUUACAUGUUCACACCCCCCUCUUUACCACGGCAAAAUUUCUUGGGAAGAGCCGUCAUGGUUUAUAUGGAGACAAUAUAGAAGAAAUGGACUGGAUGGUGGGAAAAAUUCUGGAUUUGCUUGAUGAAGAAGGUUUGAAAAAUCAUACAUUCACAUACUUUGCCUCUGAUCACGGAGGACACUUGGAGGCUCAGAAUGGGUCUGCCCAGCUAGGUGGCUGGAAUGGUAUUUAUAAAGGCGGAAAAGGUAUGGGAGGCUGGGAAGGAGGGAUCCGUGUGCCAGGAAUAUUUAGGUGGCCAGGAGUACUACCUGCAGGCACAGUUAUUGAUGAACCUACAAGUCUUAUGGAUAUUUAUCCCACAGUAGUUCAUCUGGCUGGAGGAAUAUUGCCGCACGACAGGGUGAUUGAUGGACAAAACUUGCUGCCUUUACUGCAAGGAAGAGCUCAAAAGUCAGAUCAUGAGUUUCUAUUUCACUAUUGUGGGUCCUACUUGCAUGCAGUGCGGUGGCACCAAAAGGACAGUGGAGCUAUCUGGAAGGCUCAUUUUGUGACUCCAGUCUUUCAUCCACCUGGAGCUGGAGCUUGUUAUGGAAAAAAAAAUUGCCCAUGUUUUGGGGAAGGCGUGACCCACCAUGACCCUCCAUUGCUGUUUGAUCUCUCACGAGACCCUUCUGAAGCCAAACCUCUCUCAGCUGACACUGAGCCCCUCUUUGACACUGUCAUAAGGAAGAUUGGAAGAGCCAUCGAAGAGCAUCGCAGGACACUGACUCCAGUCCCAGAGCAGCUCUCUGUGUACAACGUGGUGUGGAAGCCGUGGCUGCAGCCGUGCUGUGGGACAUUCCCAUUCUGCUGGUGUGAUAAGGAAGGAGACAGCACACGAAUUUUGUGAGGUGUGUGUUCUAGUGACAUGUUCUGUGGCACUGAGUCCUCUGCUGACAAAGCUCUCAGAUAAUAAUUGUGUUAUUUCUUUCUCUGGGAAGCAAAGUGGAUGAAAAUAAAGAAAAAAAAAAGCAAUGUCAAUCAGAAGUUUUCCCUUUCAUUCUUUGACACUGUGAAAGGUUUAAGGAAGUCCUGGUUUUGCAGUCUCGUAUGUAAGAGAAAACUGUAGAGAUACAUGCCUAAUCUCUGGCUAAAGAUUAUGCCUGCUCAAAGAAGACAGUUGGAGAAUGCAGCAGAGAGCCUAGUGUACAGUGCUGAGCAGGCAGCAGUAAGAAAUUCUAGGUUCACAUAAAACUCUAGAUGUUUGCAGUUGUGCCUCUGUAGUACACAAAUCAUGGUUGCACUCUAUCCAAACAUAGUAGUUUGAGUUGUUACUGCUUCCUGUACUGCUCUGCUGUCUCUGCAGAAAUAUUGUUGAGAUGCUGAAAAACACUUGAGAUGGAAUGAAUCUGAUUUAGCAAGGGAGUGUCCUCAAGUUGUGAACUUGUGAUCUGAAGCUUCAGCUGGGUAAAAAUUACCUACAUAACAGACAUUGUGAAGUACAAAAUGUUGACAUGCAGUAUACCUCUGCAACAGUUACAAAAAAGAGAGAAGCAUUUUUCUCUUCAGAAAGAGGUUCUAUUGCAUACUAAUUUGGCAAAAGCAAUUUUAUUGCAUUUAAGAUGCUAAUAAAAAUGUUUUGGAUUAAUAGUUUGCACUGUUUCAAUGCGAGUCCUAGAAAAACAAGGUUCAUCUGAGUACUG